AUGUCGAAGACGAUAGUACAGCCGAUAGGGCAAAAGAGAUUGACGAACGUGGCCGUUGUCCGUCUCAAAAAACACGGUGUUCGCUUUGAGAUCGCUUGCUACAAGAACAAGGUCCUCUCUUGGCGCUCCGGCGUAGAAAAAGAUUUGGAUGAAGUAUUGCAGUCACAAACUGUUUAUUCGAAUGUCUCAAAAGGAAUUCUUGCCAAGUCGAAAGAUUUAGUAGCAACUUUUGCGACAGACGAUCAGUCAACAAUAUGCUUGGAGAUUUUGGAUAAAGGAGAGCUACAAGUUGCAGGCAAGGAAAGGGAAUCACUGUUAUCAAGUCAGUUUAGGGAUAUCGCAACAAUAGUGAUGCAGAAGACUAUCAACCCUGAAACUCAACGGCCUUAUACUAUAAGCAUGAUUGAGCGUCUAAUGCAUGAAAUCCAUUUUGCUGUUGACCCACAUAACAGCUCAAAGAAACAGGCACUAGAAGUCAUCCGUGAGCUGCAGAAACACUUCCCCAUUAAACGGUCUCCUAUGAGACUACGACUAACUGUACCUGAACAGAACUUCUCUUCUGUCUUGGAGAAGCUCAAUACAUGGAAUGCUAGUGUUGUUUCAAGAGAUGAAUCUGGAAGUCAGCUGUCUGUUAUUUGUGAAAUAGACCCAGGUUUUUUCCGCGACUGUGAUGCUCUGGUGAGGAAUCUUCAGGGGAGGUUGGAAAUCCUGCAUGUGGAAGGUAAUUCCACAGUGGAUCAUUAUGAUGAUCAAGAAGAUGUACCACCAAGCCUACCCGAGAAGUCCGCUGAUUCUUUGCCACAACUGAGUGAGAAAAUGCAGAAUCAGAAAAUCUCUGCAAAAGAGAAAAGGGCCGAGGAGGAUGUAAAGCAGAACAAGUGUAAUACGUGCAAUGCUCUUGUGGGUGAUUCGAAACAGUACAGAGAGCAUUUUAAGAGUGACUGGCACAAGCAUAACUUAAAGCGAAAGACCCGACAACUCCCUCCCCUUUCUGCAGAAGAAUGCAUGGCUGACAUGGAAAUUGGCGACUCGAGGACAGAUCUGAAGGAUUAUUCAUUUUGA